AUGUCGGAUAAUUCUUUAAAUAAGGAAAAUCUACAGUCUGCAAGUAGUAAUACCAACACUACUUAUAACACGCCACAACACCAUGAACAACAACAACAACCUUCUAAUAGCAACACACAAAGAAAACUAUCACAUCUAAAUUCACAAAUGGCUCAACUUAAUGCUAAUCUAUGUGAUUUUAAUGAUUUAUUAAGUAUAACAUGUAAUCAAUUUCAAAGUAUUGAAAAAUUAGGGAAAAUUCAUGCAAGUAUAUUUAUGGCUUGUCAUGGUGUAUUUGAAGAUGAAAACUUCAACUAA